AUGCAGAGCCCAACGCCAGAAAUCAGCGCGCCAAUGCCUCGCCAACCGCCACAACCCCUCUCCCGCGUCCUCGCCGCAGACGAAAUCGUCCCCAUGGUCCAACGCGUCCUCGCAACCCAACGCGCCGCCCGCGAGAACGCAGCCGCGACCAUCACGCCCUCCGAAGCGACCUUCGCCAACACCAUUGGCCCCUUCCUGCGCGCCGACGACGAGACGCAGGGUGAGGCUGGUUCCUUUAGCGUGCUCCGCUUUUCUGGCCCGGACAAGGCUACCAGCGAGGCCGUGGAGGAUGCAAUGAGGCUCUGGUCUGCGUCUACGGCGGAGAGGUUGCGGAUGAAGGGGGUCUAUGAGCUUGUUGACGCCGUCAGGGAGCGGGAUGAGAAAGGGCUUGGGGAUGAAGAGAGGAGGAUCGUGAAGGACUUGUGGUUGGAUUAUCGCGGGGCUGGGCACGGGGUCUUGGACGGGGAGGGGAUCCGGGUGUAUUUGGAGCGGAGGGAGAGGAUUGAGGAGUUGAAGAGGGCGUUUAGGAAGAACCUGUACAAGGGUGGCGGAGGCCUCUGGUUCACGGAGGCGGAGCUGGAGGGUGUGCCGAGAGCAGAGAUGGAGAGAUGGAAAGUUGGGCGGGACGACGACGUGCCCGAGGAAAGGGGCAAGAGAUUCGUUACGCUGGAGAGGGCGGAUUACGAUGCUGUGCUGCGGCAUGCGCGUGAUCCGGAGACGAGGAGGCGGGUUUAUGUUGCGUUUGAUAACCGGUUUCCCGAGAACGUGCCGUUGUUCAAGGAGAUGCUGGUCCUACGAGACGAGAAUGCGAGGAUGCUGGGGUACGGGAACCACGCGGAGUUCCGGAUCGAGAGGAGGGUUGCGCCGUCGACUGGGUGGGUUGAGAGGUUCUUGGAACGGUUGAGUAAGGGGUUGGAUCCUCGGGGAAGGGAAGAGAUGGCAAGGAUUGCGGAGAGAAAGAGAAUUGAUCUGGGGAUUACAGGGGAUGCUAUUAAUGAAGAGAAAGGGGGCGAGGAGGGGAAUAUUCUGCCAUGGGAUUUCGAGUACUAUACACGGUUUCUUGAGGAAGAGGCAGAAGUUGACCAGGAGAUGAUUUCCGAGUAUUUCCCCCUGAACCAUACCCUAUCGGCCAUGUUGGGUUUGUUCACCGAGUUUCUGGGUCUUGAAUUUGAACCUAUACCGGAUGACAAUCUAGUUGGGAAGAUCUGGGACAAGGAUGUACAGGUUUGGGCCGUCUGGGAGGGGAGAGGGGAGAGAAAGGGGGAAUUUGUGGGAUACCUGUAUACCGACGUUCUCUGGCGAGAAGGGAAAUACCGGACGGCGUGCAAUGUCAACCUCCAAUGCGGUUUCUUGAAGGAGGAUGGUAGCAGAGUCUACCCUGCCACGGUGCUCAUGUGUGCCUUUCAGCCCCCUACAGCCGCGUCUUGUGCGUUAUUGAAGCAUCACGAGGUCGUGACCCUGUUUCACGAGCUAGGCCACGGGCUUCACGACCUUGUAUCUCGCACGAAGCACACCCGCUUCCACGGAACGCGCGUGGCGCCCGACUUUGGCGAGGCGCCGAGUACGAUGCUGGAGAAGUGGUGCUGGAUGCCGGAUGAGCUCGUCAAGGUGGGCCGUCACUACACGCGUGUCGAUCCGGCGUACAUGGCGAAGUGGGAAAAAGACCAUCCGGACGGCGAAGAGCCCCCGCCGGAAACGAUACCAAAGGAGUUGGCGGAAAAGUUGGUCCAGAGUCAAAUGUUGAACCGGGGACUAUGGUUCCUCAGGCAGCUGGUAUUUGCCUCGUUUGAUAUGAUGGUGAACAACCAAGAGUCAACCGAGGCGUUGAGGGAGCUGGAUGAAGUGAAGCUCUACAACGACCUUCAGGACUCCAUGACACUCAAGCCGAAUCCGGAUGAGAGAGGUUACGGGCUGGUUCACUCUACGCAUCUCAUCGAGCUCUACGAUGCAGGCUACUACGCCUACAUGAGCGCUCAAGCAUUCGCGGCCUCCUUCUUCGAGUCGUGCUUCGCCAAGGACCCUCGCAGUCCUGAAGCGUGGGACCGAUACCGGCAUGGUAUCCUCGAGUACGGCGGUAGCAGGGAUGAGAUGGAGAUGAUGACUGAGUUCCUGGGCCGGGAACCCGGGCCGGAUGCGUUGCUGGGAAGUCUCGGGUUAUUGGAGAGUGAUGAGAGUGAUGUUGAUGGUGUUGAACCAGCGGCAGAAUCGAUUUGA